UCGCGCAGGACCGAUUGCACCAGCGAAUGCGCGAGUGGUCUAUCCACGGGUGCGCGCGUGAUCGUACAGCAGCAUCAUUGCUGUAGCUGGUGCAUGUGAAUCAAGGGCGUGAUAAUGGCGUAUUUGAGCUGAAUACUGUUUCAUCAGAUCGAUCGGAAUAUUGUGCGAUCGAUGAGGAUCUGAUCAUGUCGGGCGGGCAGGACGAGAGCACGGUGCGGGUCGCGCUCAGGAUUCGUCCUCAGCUUGCGAAGGAAAAGAUCGAAGGAUGUCACAUCUGCACGUUCGUGACACCCUGCGAGCCGCAAGUGGUUCUGGGAAAGGACAAGGCCUUCACAUACGAUUAUGUGUUUGACAUGGACUCAACCCAGGAUGCCAUCUAUGCCAAUUGCACUGAGAAACUCAUCGAAGGAUGUUUGGAGGGUUACAAUGCAACUAUCUUUGCCUAUGGACAGACAGGGUCAGGGAAGACAUAUACGAUGGGCACAGGGUUUGACGUGACCAUACCAGAUGAAGAGUUGGGCAUCAUCCCACGGGCGGUCAGUCAUCUCUUCAAAGGCAUUGAGCAGAGACGGCAGGCGGCUGCAGAUCAGGGCCGACCCGUCCCAGAGUUCAAGAUUAGUGCUCAGUUUUUAGAGUUAUAUAAUGAGGAAGUGCUGGAUCUGUUCGACACCACACGAGACAUGGAGAUGAGGAAACAGAAAUCUCACAUUAAAAUUCAUGAGGACGCCAACGGCAGCAUCUACACUGUAGGGGUGACGACACGCACGGUUUCCUCAGAGGCAGAAAUGAUGCAGUGUCUUAAGCUGGGAGCGCUCUCUCGCACCACCGCUAGCACGCAGAUGAACGUACAGAGUUCUCGAUCCCACGCCAUCUUCACCAUUCACAUCUGUCAAGUCCGUGUUUGUGCCCCUGGAGAAAAUCCCCCAGAACAGGACAAUGAGACAGACAAUCGACUGGCCAACAACUCGUCUGAGAUGGAGGAGUUUGAGACACUUACAGCCAAGUUUCACUUUGUGGAUCUGGCCGGGUCAGAGAGACUCAAGAGGACAGGGGCUACAGGGGACAGAGCUAAAGAAGGCAUCUCCAUUAACUGUGGACUGCUGGCAUUGGGAAACGUGAUCAGUGCUUUAGGAGACAGAAGCAAGCGCUCAACGCAUGUGCCUUACAGGGACUCCAAACUUACUCGCCUUCUUCAAGAUUCACUGGGGGGAAACAGCCGAACAGUGAUGAUCGCCUGCAUAAGCCCGUCAGAUCAGGACUUCAUGGAGACCUUGAACACACUGAAGUACGCCAACCGGGCACGCAACAUCAAGAACAGGGUGAUGGUGAACCAAGACAAGGCCAGCCAGCAGAUCAGCGCUCUGAGGACGGAGAUUGCACGAUUGCAGAUGGAGCUCAUGGAGUACAGAACGGGGAAGCGUCUGGUUGGAGAAGACGGGUUGGAAAGCAUCAAUGACAUGUAUCAUGAGAACUCAAUGCUUCAGAUGGAGAACAAUAAUCUGCGCAUGCGUGUGAAGGCCAUGCAGGAAGCCAUUGACUCGCAGGGUGCUCGACUCACACAGCUGCUCAGUGAACAGGCCAACCAGGUGCUUUCCAGAGCAGGUGAAGGUAGUGAGGAGAUUGGAAAUAUGAUUCAGAAUUACAUCAAGGAAAUCGAAGAUCUCAGAGCAAAACUGCUUGAAAGUGAAGCCGUGAAUGAGAACCUGAGGAGGAACCUCACGCGGGCGUCCACCCGUCCUCAGUUCUACGGAGGUUCUGGAGCGUUCUCAUCUGCACUACUAGGAGCCGACCCCAGUCAGGAGACCGCUGACAUAAUCGAGAUAGCCAAAAAGGAUCUGGAGAAACUGAAGAGGAAGGAGAAAAAGAGAAAGAAGAGACUCCAGCAGGUGCUGAGUGACAGGAGAGAGGAGGAGGAGGAGAUGGAGGAAGACAGUGCCAGCAAAGACGAAACACUUCACAGUGAGGCCAAGAUCAGUGAGGGAGAGCCAUCAGAACCCACCAAUCACGAGCAAGAGGAAACCAGUGACCGCGAGGAAGGGGACGGAGAGGAAGAGGAAGAAGAUGUAGAUGAAGAGGAAAUUGAUGCUGAGGAGAGCUCUGAUGAGUCUGAUUCUGAACUCGAUGAGAAGGAGGACUUCCAGGCCGACCUGGCCAACAUCACAUGUGAGAUCGCCAUUAAGCAGAAGUUAAUCGAUGAGCUGGAGAACAGUCAGAGACGCCUGCACACGCUCAAACAACAGUACGAACAAAAGCUCAUGAUGCUGCAGUGCAAAAUCAAAGACACACAGCUGGAGAGAGACCGCGUCCUGCAGAACAUGGGCUCUGUGGAGUCGUGUUCAGACGAUAAAGCCAAGCGCAUAAAGGCCGAGUAUGAGAAGAAACUCGGUAUCAUGAACAAAGAGCUGCACAAACUUCAGGCGGCACAGAAAGAACACGCCCGCUUACUCAAGAACCAAUCACAGUAUGAGAAACAGAUGAAGAAACUGCAGCAGGAUUUAGCUGAAAUGAAGAAGACCAAAGUGCGUCUGAUGAAGCAGAUGAAGGAGCAGCAGGAGAAAAGCAGGAUGGCGGAGUCCCGCAGAAACCGUGAGAUCGCCACACUCAAGAAGGACCAGCGUAAACAAGAGCAUCAGCUGAAACUGCUAGAAGCUCAGAAAAGACAACAAGAGCUUAUUCUGCGCAGGAAAACUGAAGAGGUGACUGCUCUAAGGCGACAGGUGCGGCCCAUGUCAGGAAAGGUGACACGGAAAGGGAAUGUACCUGAGCCGAGCCAGGAUCACUUACAUAGACCACCCUCAGGCCGGCCGUAUCCGGGCUCCGGAGCACCUAAUGGAACCAGAUUAUACUACCGCAGGCCAGCUGGGAUAUAUUCUACACGCAUUGCCCGUGGGAAAUGGCAGACUCUGGAACGGCGUAUCUCUGACAUCAUCAUGCAGCGAAUGACCAUUUCCAACAUGGAGACAGACAUGAAUCGUCUUCUAAAGCAACGUGAAGAGCUGACACGGAGACGUGAUAAGAUCAGCAGAAAGAGAGAGAGAUUACUGGCAGAAGAGCCAGAAGGUGAGAAAGAUGUUCAGACUCUGAAUGAAGAACUGGAGUCUCUGCUGGCAAACAUCGAUUACAUCAAUGACAGCAUCUCGGACUGCCAGGCCAACAUCAUGCAGAUGGAGGAGGCAAAGGAGGAGGGCGACGCUGUUGAUGUCUCAGCUGUGAUUGGUUCCUGCACUUUGGCCGAGGCUCGAUUUCUUCUCGAUCAUUUCAUGUCCAUGGCCAUAAAUAAGGGUCUACAGGCAUCUCAGAAAGAGUCUCAGAUAAAAGUGAUGGAGGGCCGUCUCAAGCAAACUGAGAUCAACAGUGCCACUCAGAACCAGCUGCUGUUCCACAUGCUGAAGGAGAAGGCGGAGUUUAACCCAGAACUGGAUGCUUUGUUGGGGAACGCUCUACAGGAACUAGGUAACAUGCCCUCGGAAAAUGGAGAUGACAGCAGCAGCGAUGAGUCCACUCAGAGUCCUGCUGUGGAAGGAAUCACACUGGCCUCAGACAUCAUGAAGUUAUGUGGCGAAACCAAAUCUAGGACCAAGGCUCGGAGAAGAACCACUACUCAAAUGGAAUUACUGUAUGUUAACAACUGUGACUGUGGCCCAGAGACACCUCUACACCCAAUGAGUGAGACAAUAGAGGGGACUGGAGACCUGGAGUCUGCUGGAAAUACAGUCAGAGACAGGGACUACAUGCUUCCUGCUGGCUUGACCUCCAGAAUGGGUAGCAUUAGCAGCUCUGGCAACAGACUUCCAACAGGGGGGCAAAAGAGAGUACCGGAACCUUCCCCUGUGUCCCGCAGGAAGACUUAUGACAAGGGACAAGCUGACAAGGCUAAAGCUAAAGAGAUCAUACAAGGUGUGAUCAGCCCCGUUCCUGUGUCGAAGAGCAGUCGUGCCGGAUCUCUGCAGUGUGUGCAUAUAGCCGAGGGUCACAGUAAAGCUGUGCUAUGUGUCGACUCCACCGAUGACCUCCUCUUCACUGGAUCUAAAGACCGGACCUGUAAGGUGUGGAACCUGGUGACGGGACAGGAGAUCAUGUAUUUGGGCGGCCAUCCCAACAACGUCGUCUCUGUGCGUUACAGCUCCAGUCUGGUGUUCACCGUCUCCACUUCCUACAUCAAAGUGUGGGACAUCCGAGAUUCGGCCAAGUGCAUACGAACACUCACUUCAUCAGGUCUGGUGAACCCCGGUGACACGUGUGCAGCCAGUACGAACCGCACCGUCACCAUCCCGGCCGGAGAGAACCAGAUCAACCAGAUAUAUCUGAACCCAAGCGGCACCGUUCUGUACGCUGCUGCAGGCAACUCUGUGCGCAUGUGGGACCUCAGACGAUUCGUGUCUACAGGGAAGUUAACAGGGCACCUGAGUCCAGUCAUGUGUUUGACUGUAGAUCAGACCUGUAAUGGACAAGAUCUUGUUAUCACCGGCUCAAAGGAUCACUACAUCAAGAUGUUUGAUGUGACAGAGGGCGCUGUGGGUAGUAUCAGUCCCACACAUAACUUUGAGCCGCCCCACUAUGAUGGCAUUGAGUCUCUGGUGGUUCAGGGGGACUGUUUGUUCAGCGGCUCCAGAGACAAUGGCAUUAAGAAAUGGGACCUGGCCCGCAAAGACCUGUUGCAGCAGGUACCCAACGCUCAUCGUGACUGGGUUUGCGCUCUGGGAAUCGUCCCUGCGUCUCCCAUCCUGCUAAGCGGCUGUAGAGGAGGAGUUCUCAAACUCUGGCACACGGACACGCUGAGUCCCCUCGGGGAGAUCAGGGGUCAUGAGAGUCCCAUUAACGGCAUCUCCACUAACAGCACUCAUCUGUUCACUGCCUCAGAUGACCGGACAGUAAAGAUCUGGCGUUCAAGAGGAGGUCUGGACAGCGGCACAGAUGUGACUGACACUACUGAUGACGCCGUCGGUAAUUGACUAAAUAGAGACGCCACUGCAGUGUUACUAUGGUAACAUUGCCGCCAAAGACAUUUGCACUUUGACCCCACCGAUAAAAUAUGUGUAUUCUAUUCGGAUGAUUUAACACAAAUACAGAAUCGACUCCUUUGGACAAUUCCCAGCAUUCAUUGCUAAUACCGGAGCACUGCUUAAAACGCAAAAUCAACGUCACAUGCUAAAGAAAGCUCUCUGCUCUUAAAAUAACCACGCCAGCGCAGAUAAUUCUAACAAUUAUCUGAGCGGCACCGAAAGCGGACACACUGGUGGACAUUCGGGAACGAAGCGGGAUCUACUGUAGCUGGCUCCAGUAUUCCGGCUUUCGGAAGCGCUCGGAUGCAUUAUACCGUAUAGUGAUGUGUCUGUAGAGUAACUCAUGCAAAGUACAGGUCAUAGUUUACUCCUUAAGAAUUUUACAUUAAGAAAAUGAAGCUAUAUUAAAACCAUACAUUCGAAUCAUGAGUUUUUGUAUUGUGUGUGUGUGUAUAAGAUUACAAAAACUCAUGCAUGUAAAUCGAUUAUUAUGAUUUCAAUGAAUGAAUGCAAGGUAGUAUUCAUUAUACUGAAUGCAAUUUCAAAUGUAUGAUAAAGUGCUGAGCAUAGAUUAUUCUAGAUUAAUCUCAUACAAAAUAAAAGUAAUAUUUGCAUAAUAUACGAGUUUGGGCUGUGUGUAAAUAUUAUGUAUAUUAAACACAUACACAUACAUAUACAUUUAAGAAAUGUUUUAUUUGUAUAUAAUUUUUUAUUUAUGUAUGAUAUAGAAUA